CCCGGGUCAUGCCAGCAGUGCUGCUGAUCGACAAAAUACAGUUUGGUAAUACCGAAAACCCCGUGCGCUCACCUUGUAACCGCGUUCUACUUGCAAACCCGCUCACCGAGUCCAAAUCGAACUUUGAAUACAAUUCAAUUGUUGUUGUUGGCUUAACGCGCGCUCAUUGCGAUACCGACGCGACUAUACCGUAUGUAACGACCUCAAGGCGUCACAAAAAUGUUGCUUAGCCGUAGUUCCGCGCUUUCCGCAACACACGAAGAAGACUCAGCACCAAACGGUAACACAAUCGAUCAAACGUACGAUCGUUUAGCGGACAAUAUGGAUGGCGCUAGAAAUGGACAUAGUCCAGCCGACGGCGGCCGUAUCGGUGAACGUGUAGAGUUGUGUUGCAAUCGUUGUGGUAAUUUCGCACAAAUCAUGAAUACGAAAAAUUAUAACAGUGACGAAAUGUUGCGACGCGAAAACAAUUUUAAAUGUGAUAAGUGUUGUCAUUUGAGUGUUAUGAAUGGUGGCCGUGAAAGUGUUGAUAGUGUGGAGGACGAUGAAGACGAGCCGGACAUCGGUAUCGAUGAUGAUAUGGAUGAUGCUGAACUGGAUCCAGAACGUGAUGAUGAAAUGGAUCUGCAUGAAAGUGAGGCGCUCCGGUUGCCGAAAGUCGAGGAGAAAGAGACGACGAUUUUGAAGGAUAACAACACAAAACCGAUAUUAAAAUUUAGUGUUUCGGCGAUUUUAGGUGAUACACGCGAAGGUGUGAGAGUGAGAAACGAAUUCAUUCAGCCUCAGCAUAUUUGGCCUUACUUACAACAAAACUUCAUACAUCAUACACACUUUCCGCAUCCUGCAUUUCUGACACACCAUCCACACACGCAUCCACUAACACAUGCACACCACCCCCACCUGGCACACCAUCCACACCUGCCGCCACAUCAGCUGAACACCAUCGGCGCCGCCAACGGCAAUAGUUGUCAGCCGCAAACCGCAGCGUCGUCGUCAUCACCGGGCAGCACCAUCAGUGAUAGCGACAAUCACUCCACCGGCACCGGCGGCAGUGGUAGUGGCAACAACAGCAACAGCAACAACAACAACAGCAGCAAUAACAUCAACAAUACAAUCGAUGGUCGACCAUAUGAAGGCGGUGUUAUUGGCGGUCACAAUGAUUGCGGCAAUGUGCUCGAAGAUAAUAAUAAUCGAAGACUAAAUUUGUCGGCGUUGGCGCAGGAGAAACAACAACAACAGCAGCAGCAACAACAACAGCAACUGGCGCCAUCACACCUGCAAUCGCCAGCACAUCAACUACAAGCGCACAUGCAGCCACACCUUUCACCAUUGCCCGGCCAAGCGGCUGGCCAUCAAGUGAUAGCGAAACCAUUGCCCAGCCGGCCGACGCCAUUCCUGCCACAUAGCUUGCAACAUCCGCAUUUGCAUUCACUGUUGGCGCACUGCAGAAACCCCUACAUGAGUGUUGGUGCACAAGUGUUUCCCCUGCCACCAGGUCAAGGCUUCCCUUGGGCGCAUUCGACGCGUGGCAAGCCUCGUCGUGGUAUGAUGCGUCGUGCCGUAUUUUCCGAUUCUCAGCGCAAAGGUUUGGAGAAACGAUUUCAACAGCAGAAAUAUAUAAGCAAGCCGGAUCGCAAGAAAUUGGCCGAAAGACUGGGCUUGAAGGACUCUCAGGUAAAAAUUUGGUUUCAAAAUCGCCGCAUGAAAUGGCGCAACUCCAAGGAGCGCGAGCUGCUCGCAAGCGGCGGUUCACGUGAUCAGACAUUGCCCAACAAAAACAACCCCAAUCCCGAUUUGUCCGAUGCCAAAUGUGAUCGUCCCAUCUCACCGCUAUCACCGACGCCUCCAUCGCCGCCCGCCAACAGCCUCUCACCACAGCCGAAGGAAGAGCGCGCCAAUGCUGACACACCAACACACAACGGUGCAACCACACCCAAGUCCAUGCAAUCGCCGACCGGCACGCCCACCGCUAGUGCUGCUGCAUUGCAUUCGCCACCGCUGAUGCAUCAUAUACCCAACAGCGUAGCUGUGGCCGCCGCUGCUGCCGCGGUCGCCUUCAGUUCGGCGCCGAGUAUGCAAAUAAGUUCGCCGCCACCCUUGCUGACCGUUGCCGCCAAACUCAAUGCCAAUCUGAAUGAUCAAUCAUCGAACGCAUCCUCAUCGGCCGCUUCCUCACCACCACAUACCAGUGCUGGCAUGGUGCUUGGUGUUUGCGGUAACGGUGGUAGUGGUGUUGGUGGCAGUGUGGGCAUGCAACCGUUGUCGAGCGCCGAGUUUCAGGCGAAAAUUAAUGCGGAAAUGCAAAAACAUUUGGCCGCCGCAGAUCUUAAAUUCAAAUUGGAAUCGACCAUCAACGAAGCAAAGCAACGGCGCAUCAACAUGCUGAAUCUGGCAGGCGCUGUGGCUGUCGCUGGCGGCAAUGAGCAACAUGCUUUGCAACUGCACUCGGCCGCACAUACCGGUGGCCUUUUCAUGAGUGAGGCUUUGAGUCCACAUAUGCAGUCGUCGCACAACCACCACCAGCACACGAGCACCAGCAAUGGUGUGCACUUAUCGGGUUCGCCUAUAACGACUUCGACGCAUUCCCACAUCAACGCGCACACGAUGCCGCAGUUCCAAAAUCCGGAAUUCAUGAAGAUGUACUACGACGACUACGAUGACUCUAAUUCGGACAGCGACGAAGAGAUCAGUGUAACGUGACCGCAUUAAAUGGCGAACAUGGUGAUAAAUAUACAUAAUUAUUUACAAAUAUAUUU